AGCCCGCGCGGCCGCCACCGGACCACCAGCGGCGCCGCAUAAAAGAGUCGCGUGCUGCGCCCGUGCCGCCCCGCCGUGCGGAACCCUAGUCAACCGGAUCGCUGCGUCGCUCCCCACCUCCCCUCCCAAUUCCUCGCUCGCGAGGCGCCUUCCUCGGGUUUUCGGUCGGGCUUGGGAGAUGUCGGACUCGGAGGAGCACCACUUCGAGUCGAAGGCCGACGCCGGCGCUUCCAAGACCUACCCACAGCAGGCCGGAACCAUCCGCAAGAACGGCCACAUCGUCAUCAAGAACCGCCCCUGCAAGGUUGUUGAGGUCUCCACUUCCAAGACAGGGAAGCAUGGACAUGCAAAAUGCCACUUUGUGGCCAUUGACAUUUUCAAUGGAAAGAAGCUUGAGGAUAUAGUGCCAUCCUCUCACAACUGUGACGUCCCCCAUGUCAACCGUACUGACUACCAGCUGAUUGACAUUUCUGAAGAUGGAUUUGUCAGCCUGCUGACUGAAAGUGGAGGCACUAAGGAUGAUCUGAGGCUCCCUUCUGAUGACGCACUGCUUACCCAGAUCAAGGAUGGAUUCAAUGAGGGGAAGGAUCUGAUUGUGACUGUGAUGUCUGCUAUGGGUGAGGAGCAGAUCUGCGCUCUGAAGGACAUUGGCCCCAGGAACUAGAGCUGCAUUGCCACUGCGCUGGUUAUUUAUCCGGUCGUUUAUUAGGUUGGAGGUGGUGUGGUGUUAAUGAUAUAUAAGUGCUUGGUCGGGCUUAGCAUGAGGCUUCUGGAUUGCUGUUUACACCGAAUGAUUCGGAAGUACCUUUGCUAUCUGUAAUGUUCUUUUGAACCUAGUAGCUUUGGUACAUCAUGUUCGCAGUCAUUUGAAUCAGAUGAUAAGUGCGUUGUAUGCAAGCCUGCAUUGUUCA